CGGCGGACAGAGCGUCCCCGCCCCACAAUGCACCGCGCCGCGACCGGAAUCAGCAGCCGCUGGCGGGACGUGUCCGAGGAGCCUCAGAGCCGCAGCCUGCGCGAUGGUCACCGACGUGCAGCUCGCCAUCUUCGCCAACAUGCUGGGCGUGUCGCUCUUCCUGCUCGUGGUUCUCUACCACUACGUGGCUGUCAACAACCCCAAGAAGCAGGAGUGAGGGGCCGCCCCGCAGAGCCCAAGCCCUGAGCACGGCCUGCCAUGGCCAGAAGCAGAGCUGACAGCCGCGUCAGGCCCCGCAGCCUGGCUCCACAUCGCACCCCGCCGUAGCUUUGUGCAAACAAACCCGCUGGACACAAAUAAAGGGCUGGAACCUCC